AUGGGAAGAACAUCCGUUUUGGCUGACGCUUUGAAGUCUAUCAACAAUGCCGAGAAGACCGGUAAGAGACAAGUCUUGAUUAGACCUUCUUCUAAGGUUAUCGUCAAGUUCUUAAGAGUUAUUCAAAAGCACGGAUAUAUUGGAGAGUUCGAGUACAUUGAUGACCAUAGAUCCGGUAAGAUUGUUAUUCAGUUGAACGGUAGAUUGAACAAGGUCGGUGUCAUCCAGCCAAGAUUCAAUGUCAAGAUCGGCGAGAUUGAGAGAUGGACUGAUAACUUGCUACCAGCCAGACAGUUUGGUUACGUUAUCUUGACCACUUCCGCUGGUAUUAUGGACCACGAGGAGGCUAAGAGAAAGCACGUUUCUGAAAACGUCACUUUAGGUCCACAGGCCAAAGGCUCGCAAGAAGUGUUUGGUGUUGCACACAUAUACGCCUCUACAAACGAUACUUUCGUCCACGUUACGGAUUUGUCCGGUAGGGAAACUAUCUCUAGAGCUACCGGGGGUAUGAAGGUGAAGGCUGACAGAGAUGAGUCUUCUCCAUAUGCUGCCAUGUUGGCCGCUCAAGAUGUUGCCGCUAAAUGCAGAGAGGUUGGUAUUACCGCCGUCCACGUUAAGAUGAGAGCUACCGGUGGUACCAGAGCUAAGACUCCAGGUCCAGGUGCCCAGGCUGCUUUAAGAGCCUUGGCCAGAUCCGGUUUGAAGAUUGGAAGGAUCGAAGAUGUUACUCCUAUUCCAUCUGACUCUACCAGAAAGAAGGGUGGUAGAAGAGGUAGAAGAUUAUAA